AAAAUAAUAAACAAGAGGUGUAGGCAGCAAAGUAGCCAGUUCAAGAAAAAGCCCAGCCCAACUCAAAUUUAGAAAGCUUGCAGGAAGGGUAUUUCCGUAAAAACAGAUCCAUGUUGAAACUUUCGCGAAGUGUACGAAAUUGGCGCCACCGUCACCGAUUCAUAUAGAAGAAACCUUCAAAUUCAGUUUUCAUUUCAACUUUCAAUUUCAUUUCAUUUCAAUUUCUGAAAAAUUCGAAACCUAAAUCGAUGACGAUAUGGAAGUGGUUUUGGAAUGAGGAGGUAGCACCACCGCCGGUGGUUCUAGUUCCGCCGCUGUUCGAUUUCCCUCCGAUAGCCGCCCGUAACAGAAUGCUUGAAUCUUCAUACGACGUCGUUUUCGGAAAACUCGCGUUGAGGUGUCUCUUCAAUGAUUACUUUCAAGAACCGAAGCAUUUCGUUACAAGAAUCAUGCUCAAACCAAUCGAUGAUCCUCACGUCGAUCUCAUCGCAACAGUUUCAGGUCCUCUUGAUCAAAAGCCUGAAGAAAACAUCACCGGAAAUGCAUCGUUUCGCUGGCAAAGUGAUGUAAAUGAUCCUCAUACAUUUGUGGACCUUUAUGUAUCGACAUCUGAUCCGGUUUUGCAGAUGCGGUCAUGUUCUUACUAUCCCAGAUAUGGAUUUGGGGCCUUUGGAGUGUUCCCUUUGCUGUUGAAGAAAAGAGAAACCUCCCAAGAUUAUGGCCUGAUGGGACUGAGAUAUGGUUCUGGAAAUCUAUCAUUUGGAGUCACACUUAAGCCUUUUUUCAUGAAAGAUGAAUUACCAAAAAGUGCAUGGCUGGUGAGCAAGAUAGGAAGGCUGACGGCUGGGGUGCAGUAUGAGCCACACCAUGCAAAUGCAAAACUUUCAAAUUUGAUGAACUGGAGUUGUGCCUUGGGUUAUGGCGUGGGAUCAGGCAGCCCUUUGAGCCCGUCUUUCAAUUUCAGUCUUGAGCUUGUCAAAAGCUCUCAGUUUGUCGCCUCCUUCUAUCAGCAUAUGGUUGUUCAAAGACGGGUGAAGAACCCCCUUGAAGAGAAUACUGUUGUUGGAAUUACAAACUACAUUGACUUUGGGUUUGAGUUACAAACAAGUGUUGAUGAUGCGAUAGCAGCAAACAGUAUCUCAGACUCCACUUUUCAAAUAGGUGCAUCCUGGCAAGCCAAUAAGAACUUCUUGCUGAAGGCAAAAGUUGGACCUAAAAGCUCAACAAUGGCUCUUGCAUUCAAGUCAUGGUGGAAACCUUCUUUCACAUUCAACAUUUCAGCCACCAGAGACCGUGCAGACGGGAAACUGCAAUAUGGAUUUGGCCUCCAAAGUGAAAGUCUCAGAGAAGCCAGCUAUCAAAGAGCCGAUCCCAAUUUCGUAAUGCUCACACCAAGCAAGGAGCACCUAGCUGAGGGCAUUGUUUGGCAAACCGGAAAACGACCUAUGCUAAAAUCUGACAUAGAUGCUGGACAUUUUGAUGGCUUACCGAGAGAAAUGAGACCUCUUGACAAAAUUUUGUAAUUUCUUAUAGAUGCACAUUUCGCCGAUAAAUGAAAAUGCUUUCAGAAGAUUGCAGUCUAGUAACUCUAGUUCACUGCAUUUGGUAUGUAUUUUUUGUUAUAAUCUUUGUUGUUAUGGACCACAUAUUAUUAAUGAUUCCCACUGUUGUAGGUA